AUGAAGGACCAACGAACCACUAUUCUUGAUUCCGUUCUCGACACGAUCGGUUCAACACCAUGCAUACGCCUCAAUCGCCUGCCGAAUAUGCACGGGAUCCAGUGUGAAGUCGUGGCUAAAUGCGAAUUCUUUAACCCGGGGGGAAGCGUGAAGGACCGCAUCGCGCUAAAAAUGGUGCUUGACGCGGAGGCCAGUGGGAGACUUCCUCCUAACAGCACGCUUGUUGAGGCAACGAGUGGAAACACCGGCAUUGGCCUCAGUUUGGUGGGCUCCGUUCGGGGCCACCGCGUGGUGAUCACAAUGCCAAAGAAGAUGUCCCAUGAAAAGGAGGUGGUGGUUCGCGCUCUAGGGGCUGAGGUUAUCCGAACCGAAACUUCGCUGGCAUGGGACCAUCCAGAGAGCCUUAUUGGUGUGGCACGCCGCCUGGAAAGGGAGGAGGGUUACGUGUUCUUGGAUCAGUACAGGAAUCCAAGUAACCCAGGGGCGCACUACGAAUCUACGGGACAAGAGAUAUACGACCAGUGCGGUGGGAAGGUGGACAUGGUUAUUCUUGGGGCCGGUACUGGAGGCACAAUCACUGGCGUGGCGAAGAAGCUGAAGAGUUUGCUCCCUGAUGUUAUUGUGGUCGGCGUCGACCCCGUCGGUAGUCUUCUGGCCGAUCCCGCUAAUCCACCAAAGGAUGCCAAACCAUACUUGGUUGAAGGUAUUGGUUAUGACUUUGUGCCAGAUGUAUGCGAGAGAGAAUAUGUGGAUAAAUGGGUAAAGUCCACUGACAAGGAAAGCUUCGAACUGGCAUCACAAUUGCACCGUGAGGAGGGCCUAUUGGUGGGGGGUAGCAGCGGUUCCGCCAUGUGGGGAGUGCUGCAGGCGGCGAAGGAUCUUGGCCCGAACCAACGUUGUGUUGUGGUCUUCCCGGACGGCAUUAGGAAUUACAUGUCCAAGUUCCCUGAUGUAAACUGGAGGAUUGAGAAGAAACUUGAGUCCGGUGAGGUGACACGUCCCACAUAUGAAAACCUACAGGCAGAGCUUGAGGGUACGAGGAAGAAGCUGGCGGAAUAUGAAGCCAAACUCGGUUUAAUUGGGAAGUGA